AUGGAAGCGAUCGUUCGCGCUAUGAUCGAUUUUCGCAAGGAAAUCUUGGACAAUCUGCAAAUGUCGCUCGAGUAUCACACGGAGCAGCUCGAUGAAAUCUAUGUUCAUAUGGGACGCAAGAUGGAAGAUCAAGAAAGCAGAAUGAAGAAUGAAAUCAACGAAAUGAAGAAAACACUUGGCGAGAUGAGUAGCGAGCUGCUGCCAAGAUCAUGCGAUCAGGUCAAAUCGAACACCACUGAAACUGUUUACGUCAGUCCUUAUGGAAACAUUAAAAAACCUUUCCUAGUGCUUUGCAAUUUCGAUAACAAUUUUAACCUGGGCGGUGGCUGGACGGUAUUUCAGCGCCGGAUGGAUGGAUCCGUUGAUUUUUACCAGAAUUGGACAAUGUACAAAAAUGGAUUCGGAAACAACAAUGGGGAGCUUUGGCUGGGUUUGGAAAAGCUUCAUAUCAUGACGAGAUCGGAACAACACGAGCUAUUGGUGCUGUUGGAAGAUUUCGAUGGAAACUCGACCUAUGCGCUGUACGAAAACUUUAAGGUGGGCAGUGAGGCGGAAAAGUACAAGCUCUCCGUGGGACAGUAUUCCGGAACCGCUGGUGAUGCAUUGACCUUAAGCAAUGGAAUGAAGUUCUCCACGUUAGACCAAGUUUAUGGUUUAAAUAUUGCUGAAGACAGCUGCGCUGUGAAAUACAAAGGAGCAUGGUGGUUUAAAAGCUGCUCUCACAGCCAUUUGAAUGGACCGUACUAUCAAAAAGGCAACCACGUCGACAAAUUUGGUGUUUAUUGGCAGGGUUUUCCACGUGAGAAGUACUCGCUAAAAUCAACGACAAUGAUGUUCCGCACCCGCACUUGA